UUUUGUACAAGCAAUAGAAACUAAACAGUUGGUCUGCAAAGAUGUGUGUAUGCCUGAUAGUCAGACACAAUUACCAUUUAAUUUCACCCCAUUAACAUUGAAUAUUUGAAUCGCUGAAAAAAUGUGAGAUGUGGGCAGCAAUUCAGAGGUCUGGAACUACAGGGGACUGUGGUUAUGCACUUAAUAUAUAAUUUUCCAGUGUUUCCUAUAAGAAUCUAUAGGCUUUGUGGUGUUAUCUUCUCGACGAAAGUAACAUUACAUUCUACAUGAGCUGAUUUUUACUUGAAAUACAUUUUAACAUUGUACUUUCAGUUGAAUUGUAUUGUAAAUGUUAGCAUUCCUGCUUAAGUAGUACAGUUUGCUUUGUUUUUCAAUAAAUGCAUGAGCAUGAACCAUUGAGUAAAAGUAAGGAAGAGAAAUAUAGAAAGAAAGAAAGAAAGAAAGAAAAAAAGAAAGGAAGAAUAACACGAGGAAUUUGACAGUUGACAAAUGUGUUAAAGUGAUGUUAUCCUGCUGUUUGGGAGUUACAUGUUUUUUUCUCUUUCAAAUGCAAGAAAAGUAGGCUAAUACAUUUUAUGUGUCAUCUAUGAAAUUUAAGUGCUCUAAAAAACGCAACUAUAAAUUGUUUUGAAAACUAAACCAGAAAAAAACAUAAUUUUUGUCAAAUCUCUGCUGUAAUGUAAUUACUGUAACACAUUUUCCUUUAAUAGGGAGUAAAGGCCAAUCAAGAACGAGUCCUGUAGGAAAACAAAUGCUAGGAUUGGCUGAGACGCGGCAUCGGUUUCAAGGCGCCCUGCGUUCUGUCGGAGGGGCUAAUGAAUGGAGGGGCGCCUGGAAACCGGUGGAAUCUGUACGGAGUGAGGAGAGCGAGCCUCUGGACUUCCAACCGCUCAGCAUGUGAACCGACGCUCUGUGUUUAGUCAAGUGGGAAAACGAUGGAAAUAUGAGUCUUUUUAUGUUUUAAAUGUUUCUUGUUUUGCGCUAAAGUAACAACGUUUAAGUGUUAAACACGCUGGAAUAAUUUCGGUUUGUAUUAUUCCAAGAAAAUGGGACUUUAAGUGCCCCCCCACCCACCGGAUUGGGAGUGAGAGUGGACUGCUUGGAGUCACUUACAAAGACCAUCAAGAAGUCAUGACACGACGAACGUUUCACUUGGAUUUAUCUUCAUAAAAUACGAGGAAAAGACGACUACGGCCAUUUCAACUUGAAUUACUCGGACUACACGCUAACUGUUGGGACAGUUAAUGUAGAUUGUCUUUGCUUUUCAAGCGUUUUCAAGUCGCCCUACUUGGAUCAAAGUUUUUCCUUCCCUCCCCCCUCCUCCUCAACUAUGGCGGCGGCCAGGUCCACCGGAGGCUCCGUGUUGCUGCGGAUCAUGUGGCUGGUGUGCGGACUGUCCUUUUUACCCACUUCUGCUCAGCAUUACAACAGUGAGAGUGGAAUAUCCAUCCCAGAACACGGGUUUUGCCAGCCCAUCUCCAUCCCGCUUUGCACCGACAUCGCCUACAACCAGACCAUCAUGCCGAACCUCCUGGGCCACACGAACCAGGAGGACGCCGGACUAGAAGUGCACCAGUUCUACCCUCUGGUUAAGGUCCAGUGCUCUGCGGAUCUAAAGUUCUUCCUCUGCUCCAUGUAUGCGCCGGUCUGCACAGUCUUGGAGCAGGCCAUCCCCCCAUGUCGGUCCCUGUGUGAGCGUGCACGGCAGGGAUGUGAAGCCCUCAUGAAUAAAUUCGGCUUCCAGUGGCCGGAGCGGCUGCGCUGCGAGGCUUUCCCCGUCCACGGAGCCGGUGAGAUCUGCGUCGGUCAGAACACAUCCGAACCCAGCAGCCCGGCCUCCUCGUCUUCCCCCUAUGCACCCGACCCCGUGACCCUUCCCCCAAACAUAGGCCGACCCAACCAACGCCCGCCCCAGCACAACCCGUACCACCAGUUCUCAUGCCCUCUACAGCUGGAGGUGCCUUCCUACCUGGGCUACCGAUUCAUGGGGGUCAACGACUGCGGGGCCCCAUGUGAACCCACUAAACCAACCGGCAUCAUGUAUUUCCGGGAGGAUGAGGUAAAAUUCGGCCGGUUGUGGGUUGGGAUCUGGUCCAUCCUGUGCUGUGUGAGCACCUUAUUCACAGUGCUCACCUAUUUAGUGGACAUGAGGCGGUUCAGAUACCCAGAGAGGCCCAUUAUCUUCUUAUCUGGGUGUUAUUUUAUGGUGGCGGUAGCCUACGCUGCUGGGUUUUUCCUGGAGGACAAAGUUGUUUGUGUGGAUAAAUUCAACAAUGAUGGCUACAGGACUGUGGCUCAGGGUACGAAAAAGGAGGGCUGCACCAUCCUCUUCAUGGUGCUGUACUUUUUUGGUAUGGCCAGCUCCAUCUGGUGGGUGAUUUUGUCCCUGACUUGGUUCCUCUCUGCUGGGAUGAAAUGGGGCCAUGAGGCGAUCGAAGCCAACUCCCAGUACUUCCACCUGGCCGCAUGGGCUGUCCCGGCCAUCAAAACCAUCACCAUCCUCGCCAUGGGCCAGGUGGAUGGCGAUGUCCUGACCGGGGUGUGUUUCGUUGGGAUCUUCAACGUGGACUCCCUCCGCGGCUUCGUCCUGGCUCCGCUUUUUGUCUAUCUGUUCAUCGGUACAUCCUUCCUCCUGGCCGGCUUUGUGUCCCUCUUUCGGAUUCGCACCAUCAUGAAGCACGACGGCACUAAGACGGAGAAGCUGGAGAAGUUGAUGGUGCGGAUCGGGGUGUUCAGUGUGCUCUACACGGUACCGGCCACCAUAGUGAUCGCGUGUUACUUCUACGAGCAGGCCUUCAGGGAGCACUGGGAGCGGACCUGGCACAUGCAGACCUGUAAGCGCUUCGCUGUACCCUGUCCGGUUCACAACUUCGCCCCCAUGACCCCGGACUUCACCGUGUUCAUGAUCAAAUACCUGAUGACCAUGAUAGUCGGGAUCACCUCGGGUUUCUGGGUCUGGUCCGGGAAGACUCUUCAAUCAUGGCGGAGCUUCUACAAGCGCCUCAGCAACGGUAACCAUGGAGAGACAACGGUGUAGUUUAGAGAAUGAAAAGGCACAACGCCACAGAGUUUUGGAUGUAACAACCAUGUAAAUGAGGUCAAAUAGCUUUCAUUUUUAAUACUCUUUUGAACAUAUUUUUUAUUGGAUUUUUGUGUUUUCAGGUUGUGACAGCAAUUCAGGCUUUUGGACACGCAACCAAACUUUAUAUUCGAUAGAAGUUGGAUGAAUUUUCGAUAUCUUUGUGUUUUUUGUCAUCUUGAGACAGCCCACACUCCUGGCUUUUGCAUUUUUGGAUUAUAAACUGGUGUAAAUGGCCAUACUGGUCCCUGGACUGUAAUGCCAGACUGGUGAAGUUAGCCUACUUUUAAUAUGACACUCCCAACAUAUUAUUGUUUAUAUCCUUAAUAUUACAAUUUGAAUGUACUUCCUGUCUACUCUGGUAAGAGUUUCUCAGUGGAAAACACCACAACAGAAAAGACUGAUGGGUCAAGCAGUGUGGCCUUCUGUCCAUGCUGCAGCAAAAGGUUCAAAGGUUACAGCAGCAGCAGCACCCUCUGACUGUGAAUUCAUUAAUUAGGGAUGCCUGGAUUAUACCUGUAAAUUUGAAAUUACUCUGCUUUUAGCUAAAGACUGAAAUGCUUUAAUAUGUGUGUUAGAUAUUGCAGAGUACAAUCUCGCUUGUUUAAAUCUGAGGAAUAAUGCAUCAACUCAUGACUCCGCCAUUGUGUGCCAAUUGGCUGCCCAGAAACCAAAACUUUUAUAUCACUGUUUAUUUUUCAGACUGUUACAUUAUUUACUCCUGUAUUGAAUGUUCACUCCGAAGGAGAAUGAAGUUAUGUAUUGGUUUGCACAGCUAUCCUAAAGGUUAAAAGUGUUAAAAAAAUGACUGAUUCACCACAGGAUGACCUAGAUCAAACAGGUAAAGAGACCACACACACACAUAUGGGCCUCCACUCUCUGCAAUGAAGACACAACAGCUCAUUGUUUGUCUCUGUGUGUGGUCUCUCAACUGUUGGAUCCCCCAUCAAAAAGACUUUUUAAGCUUUUAAGACAUCCUAAGCACCAUUUCAAGGAUCCAGAUUUAAUCCAUACAGGGUGGAAAUGGUUGCUCAGGAUUUUUUAGGUUAUUUUAUCCUGGAUCAAGAUGACUGUACACAUUCACGCCUGUAUUCUACCCAAUGUAACUUAAUCUGCCUUACUUUCUAAUAAUUUCACUUGAAGUGUUAAAUGGUUUUCACAAGCAGACUGAACAUUUUAGAGUUUUUAAUGAAUCAUUAUUUUAGUGUCUAGGCUACUUUACACAAGCCUUGAAAACACAGACAGUGCAUUUAUUUUUCUGCAUUUAUGUUUGAUGUUCUAAAUCAUUGAAAUGUCAGGAAAGAGGUCAAAGGUCACACCUUGUGGGGAUAUUUUUUAUUUGGAGAGAGUGCAGUGGAGACGGACUGUUCAGUGUUCAGCAAAGAGGGAGUGUUUUAUCUGGGGCAGAAUCACUUGAUAUAAUACAGCAGGUUGCAACAAAUGACCUUCCAAUAUAAUAGAAGGGAAUCUGUCAAGUAAAUGCUCCUAUAGUUUAAAUAACACAGCCUAAAAGUGUAUUUUAGGAUGGAGGCUGUUCCUUUUUAUUUUCUGAAACCUGAGUGGUUUUUGAAAUUUCAGUGGAAAGUGGAUGUGACAGUGCUGAACACAUUAUUGGUAACAAUAGCAAAAAAGUAACCGGUGAUUUGCGUGUGACUGGCUAUUUGAACUGAAUCAGAAAACCAGUUUAUUUCUCUGACUAAUUCAUAAAAUCAGUAGGUGAUCUUGUCGGGAAACCUAAGCAGCAAAACGUGUUUUUAUCCUGACUGAGUCAGCUAAUUACCAGAUGUUUUCUCUCCAUAUAUUACAUGUAAAUGAUGAAUGGAAACACCCCGCAGCAAGAAGGGAAAACUGAACAUUAUGACCUUUAUAGAGCUGGUAUUCUAGUUAUUUUAAUCUCUAAAGCUGGGUCCCAAAUCCACACAUGCUAGUACUAGAAAAUACACACUGUGUACCAAUCUUCAUAGUAAACUGUUUGUGUACAAGAAAUGUCACAUUUCCCAUGUGAAUGUACUACGUACCUCAAACCCUGGUUAAAAUGAGUAUGUACGAUUGAGUUAGGAAACAGAGUAACACUCCACUGCACGAUUAAUCUCGUGUCCAUCGUGUUUUUACCUAACAAGGCAAAAGUAUUCUGUGUAACUGUCUUCAGGCAGCUGAGAUCUGCCUGUGUCAAUGAUACCAGACUAAUGUGUUUGUUUUGUACUAAGUCUUCAGAAGGAAUAUGUGUGUGUGUGUGUGUGGGUUUUUUAUUGGAACAUAUGCAACCUACCAAGUAAACACAGACUGUUUUCUAAAGGAAUAUUGUAUUUAUGGGGAUACUCAUUUUUGUCUUUUUUACUUGUUUUUAUAAUGAGAUAAACCUGUUGUAUGUGUACAGUUUGAAUAAAAGCGAUAAGGUUUGUAA